AUGACUUUAAAGUCUUUGUUAGUAGAUCUUUUCAAGGGCCCAACAGUUGAAAAAAUAAGAACAUUAGGGGUUGAACACCAGUUCCAUUUUGUUUUGUCAUCAGACAAGAAUCUUUGUCUUCGCGUCCGGAAAAUUACCCUGUCAGCAAAAAACAAAACAAGCUCAACGGAACUCACUGCUCCUCCUUUAAAGACUCCAGAUGGGAAAGUAGUCCAAGUUUCACUUGAAGAUGCUGCUCCAAGUGUUGACUUCGAUCUACGACGAGUAUCUUUGCCGUCCGAAGACAAAUGGAAACGCGCUCAUCGUGUACCACCUGAAGUUAUCAAAGGUGAUAAAACGCCUAAAAAUAAGCAUGUUGAUGUCUUUGGUAGCCGAAUAGGACGAGUUCAUGUAGGCAAGUCUUCCGAACUGGAGAAUUUACGACCUGGACCUACCAUCCGAACUGCUUUGACCGGGCAUCGAAAACGUGGUUUUGAACGAAUAAAACCUGGCGUCAAUAAGUCUCGAAACACUUCAGUUCCUACUGAUCUUACUUCUAACAAACGGCGGAAACUGUUUACAGACACAUAA